AUGUCCGACAUCCCCGAGGACCAGCGCGAGCACGCCCGCGACAUCACCAUCAACCAGGAUGAUCCGGCGUCGAGCUCGGGCGCGUACGCAUCAGACAUUAGCGAGAGCGAGGAGCACGAGAAGCACGAAGGCGAGCGCGCAGAUUCAUCGUCACGCUCGCGGUCCCGUGACGAGAUGAAGGACGAGGAGGGGAAGGGCGGGAUUGAGAUUGUCGAACAGGAGGAGGACUGA